CGAGAACCGCGGAAGCUAAGUUGGCUAAGUUUCGCGCCAUUUCGCGCCAUCACGAGACUUGCAGGUGACGGAGGUUUGAGUCAACUGCGUCGGCUGCGCGCUUUGCGCCUGCCGCUGUGCAAGAUGUUCUCGUCAAUGGAUAUGAAAGGUGUGUAUCGAGGGCAAUGUACCUCACCGCAAUGUGAGUGCGACGGAUUUUGCCGCGCCGUGAACAAUGAGCCUGCCGCACCAUACCAGGCCGGUUGGUGUGCGUACUGCGGCCACAGUCCAGUACAACAUGUUCGAAUUGGGUCUACAGAGAAUGUGUUCUUCAUGCCGCCAUAUGUGCCGCCCAGUCAAUCGCAGGAGGCGAUUGAAACUCACAAUACCGGUGUUGCUCAAGAAUACGAACGUACUGCUACUGGAGGUGCCAGCACCAGCAGCUUGGUGAUGCCUGCUUCACAGCAUACCGGUGGGUGCCAAUACAAAUUUGUAAAGAUGCCGUGA